AUGACGUCAGAUAUUGCCAAACGUCAACGAACCGUCCCAUCAGCUAAGGCAUUUGAGUUCAUUUGGAAAAGACCUGUUCCAGAAAUUUUGCAAAAUGGAGAAUAUUUUGAUCGAUAUGACGAGGAAGCAGGAGUUUUGGAGCCAAGUUGUUUUGUACGGGUAGAUAAAGAUGGAUUUUUUAUAUACUGGCAAAGUGAAAACAAUGAUAGUCAGCAGCUUGAACUCUCACAGAUAAGUGAUGUUCGCGCGGGUACAAAACCAAAGGAUGAGAAAUUGGCAGCACAGAUUCAAGAACGAUCUCCUGGCAAAUCUUGGGAUCGUAUUGUAACAAUAUGCAGUGGUUUGGACCUAGUUAAUAUCAAUUACACUCAUAUGGUUGCUAAGGAUGCUGAAACGGCUUCAUUUUGGAUUCAGUCUCUGAGAAGUUUAACGCAUAAUACUAAAGCAGCUAAUGUAUGCCCAAUGACUCAAUUGAGAAAACAUUGGUUACGUCUCACGUUGACUGUAAAUGCUCGUAACAGAAUUCCUGUUCGUGUAAUUAUGAAGACAUUCGCCUCAGGUCGUAAUGAACGUGUUGUAUAUCAAAGUUUAAAAGAUUUGAAUUUACCCCAUGGAAAGAAUGAUGAUAUUGAUCCAAAUGAAUUUCCAUUCGAGAAAUUCUACGAAUUAUACCAUAAAAUAUGUCCACGUACAGACAUCGAAGAUUUAUUCAAAUCUUUAUCAAAAGGCAAAAGUCAUAUACAUGCAGAUAAAAUGAUUGAGUUUCUUAAUGAGACUCAGCGUGAUCCUCGUCUCAAUGAAAUCCUUUAUCCAUUCGCUAAUAAGCAAACAAUCAAGUAUAUUCAAGAGAAUUAUGAAACACAAGAAGAGUUUAAAAAUACAGAUGAAAUAUCAAUCGAGUGUUUUUAUCGUUAUUUAAUGUCUGAUGAUAAUGCAUGCGUGUUUUUGGAUAAACUGGAUGUCUACCAGGAUAUGGAUCAACCACUUAGUCAUUAUUAUAUUAAUUCAUCGCAUAAUACAUAUCUUAUUGGUCGACAAUUUGGCGGGAAAUCAUCUGUUGAAAUUUAUCGACAAGUACUACUGGCUGGUUGUAGGUGUAUUGAAUUGGACUGUUGGGAUGGUCGAGGCGAAGAUCAAGAACCGAUUAUAACACAUGGUAAAGCCAUGUGUACCGAUAUACUAUUCAAGGAUGUAAUAUAUGCUAUUAGAGAUACAGCAUUUGUAGCCAGUGAUUGUCCAGUAAUAAUGUCUUUUGAAAACCAUUGCAGUAAACAUCAACAAUACAAAUUGGCAAAAUAUUGUGAAGAAAUUCUCGGAGAUAUGCUGCUAACGAAACCUUUGGAUAAUUUUCCAUUAGAACCUGGCGUACCGUUACCUCCACCUGAAAAGUUGAAAAGAAAAAUUCUCAUUAAAAAUAAACGGUUAAAACCUGAAGCUGAGAAACAGCAAUUGGAAUUGUUUUUAAAGGGUCAAACUGAUGCUAUUCAAGAAGAGAAUGAAGUAGCUGAAGAUCCAGAACUGGCAAUCGAUCGUGAAGACGGGGAUGGAAAUACAGAAAAUAAAGCUAAUAAUGGCGAUUUUCCAUCCGUUGUUGUUGGUGAUUCCGCUGUAUCCCCGACUACAACACCUAUUUCCCAGUCUGUUGGUGGUAGUUCCAGUGCUGAAUUGAAAAGACUACAGUUGAAAAAGGAGGAGGGAAAUUUAACCGCUGAAGAAGAACAAAUGAUGAUGGCACAUUAUCAUUAUACGGGUGCUACAAGCAGUAUACAUCCAUUAUUAUCAUCAUUUAUUAAUUAUGCACAACCUGUAAAAUUUCAAGGAUUUGAUAUUGCUGAAGAAGAGAAUAUACAUCAUCAUAUGUCUUCAUUCAGUGAAACAAUGGCAUUGGGUUUAUUGAAGAAUCAAGCAAUAGAAUUUGUCAAUUAUAAUAAACGUCAAAUGAGUCGAAUAUAUCCUAGAGGGAAUCGUGUGGAUUCAAGUAAUUAUAUGCCACAAAUAUUUUGGAAUGCCGGUUGCCAAAUGGUAGCUUUAAAUUUUCAAACACCGGAUUUAGCUAUGCAAUUAAAUCAGGGUAAAUUUGAAUACAAUGGUAAUUGUGGAUAUUUACUAAAGCCUGAAUUUAUGAGACGUCCAGAAAGACAAUUUGAUCCAUUCUCUGAAUCACCAAUGGAUGGUGUAAUUGCAGCUACAUGUGAAGUGAAAAUUAUCUCGGGUCAAUUUCUUUCUGAUCGUAAAGUUGGCACUUACGUUGAAGUUGAUAUGUAUGGUUUGCCUACAGAUACUAUACGUAAAGAAUUUCGUACACGAGUUGUUCCUAAUAAUGGCUUGAAUCCAGUUUAUGGUGAUGAUGCUGUUUUCGUAUUCAGAAAAAUUGUCCUACCAGAUCUUGCUGUCUUACGAUUUGCUGUUUAUGAAGAUACUGGAAAAUUAAUAGGUCAGCGUGUUCUACCAUUGGAUGGUUUACAGGCUGGUUAUCGUCAUAUCUCAUUACGUACUGAAGGCAAUUUUCCGCUUUCUUUACCUACACUAUUUUGUCAAGUCUCGCUUACCACAUAUGUUCCUGAAGGGUUGAAUGACUUAGUCGAUGCACUUUCUGAUCCACGUGCAUUUCUUAGCAAAGAAGAACAACGAAUGAAACAGCUUGCUAGUAUGGGCAUUGAUUCCUCGGAGAUUGCAGAUGUACCAUCGACUGGUAAUACUAAACGUGGUGGUGCCGGUGGUGGUACAUCUGGCCAAGGAACUGGAUCUACCUUACAAGGCGCUACUGGGUCUGGUGACCUUACAAAUGCUUCAACUAAUAGUAGUAAAAAGGAUGACAAGAAAGAUGAUCCGAAAUUUGAUCCAAUUUCAAUAAGUCUAUUACAAACUGAUAAAAUCUAUCAAAAGUUAGUUAAAAAACAAGCUAAAGAAUUAGAAGUUCUACAGAAAAGACAAGAAAAAGAUGCUGUUACAAUGUUACGAAAUCAUACAAUCAUUACAGAUAAAUUGAAUACAAGUCAUGCAAAAGAACGUUCCAGUACAAAACGUUCAGUGAAUAAGGAAAAUGGUCAAAAUUCUGCACUGGAGGAUACUCAUCGUAAUCAGAUGUGUGAACUUGUUCGUCAGCACACAGAUCAAUGGAGUAGCCUCAAGUCAUCACAAAUGAAAGAAGUUUAUGACUUAGUAUUGAGCUUCUUUGAUGCACGUAAAGAUUUACUAAUCAAGAUAAUGAAAGAAGUUCAGGAAGAACAGAAACGUGAACUACGCAUAAUACAAGAUCGUGAAAUUAAAGAAAUGAAAGCACAACAAACAAAAGCAUCAAUAGAAUCAAAUCGUUCAGUAAUGAAUGAUCGAAAGUUACGUAAUAAAGCAGAACGUGAUCGUCGUAUACGUGAAUUAAAUGAUUACAAUACAAAACGCUUUAUUGAUCAACGUAAAUUACAAGCUCAACGACAUGAUAAACAAACAAAAGAAUUAAAUAAACGUCAUGCAUUAGAAGAACAAGAAGUUGUCAAUGGAAUUAAAAAGGAACGUGAAGAAUUUAUUCGUAAAUAUGAAGAGGAUCUAUUAGCCUUGAAACGUGCAAUUGUUAUUUAG